AUCAAUUCCAACUUUAAAAUGAUGUCGUCUGGAAGUCUUCCGGCGACGCCAUCGCUGAAAACAAUAGAAUCGGCGAUCGAACUCAUAGACGUCAAAAAGGGUGAGCUCAAGAAAGCCUUCGAUGAUCUCCAAGCUACCUCUUUGCGCCUCUCUUCUUUCUCUAUAACAUGGUCCGAGCUCGAAUCUCACUUCACGGCACUCCAAAACUCGGUCACUCAACGAUUCCACUUCCUCGAGUCCCGCGAAUCCUCUCGCCACCCAGUUGUGGCUGCCCCCGUUUCGGAUCACACUCGCUGCUCAACUCACUCGUCUUUUUCAAAACAAGGAGACCCAUCAGCUUCGAAGCCGUUAACGACACUGGGCAAAAUUGAUCCCGUGACUGACUCGGUGGUGACUCGGCCGGAGUUAAAGGAGUUUUGUAAGAGAAUGGAUUGGAGGGGAUUGAGGAAAUACAUAAAUGACCACGACAAAGAGCUGGAGGCUAUCCAGAUGGAGCUUCCAGGUGCUUUAAAGAGUGCUCCAUAUCCCGGGACAAUGGUUUUGGAUGCAAUGGAGGGGUUUUAUGUGGAGAAUUGUCCGAACAAAGGCGAUAAAGAUAUGGACUUGUUAGGUUUGAGGAGGGUUUGCGUGUCUUUGUUGGAGGGGUUGAUGGAAACUGGUUUAUGUUUUAGUGAAGAAGUGAGGGAAAGAGCAAAGAAGUUAGCUUUAGAGUGGAAUGGAAAGGUCAAUUUGAGCAAAGCUAACACCUUCGAGCCGUUAGCGUUUUUACUUUUAAUGGUAACUUACAGCUUGGAAGCUGUAGUUGAUAAAGGGGAGCUCGUGGGACAUUUUUUCGUCGCUGCUGGAUGCCGGAAAGCUGUAAUGUUGUGUAGGUCAAUUGGUUUAGGGGAGAAAGUUUAUGAUUUGAUUCAAAAGCUGGUAGAUAAUGGUAAGCAACAUCUUGCAGUGAGAUUUAUAUUUGAGUUUGGGCUUGCUGAAAAAUUCCCACCAGUGCCUCUUUUGGACAACUAUCUGAAGGAGACAAAGAAGCUUGCUGAGCAAGUUUGCGUUGAUGGAAAGAACUCUUAUAGGUCACUGAACGUGGCAGCAGAAAAAGAAAUCGGUGUCUUGAAAUCUGUAAUUAAAGUAAUUAAAGAUUGCAGGCUGGAAGCUGAAUAUCCACAGGAGUGCCUUCAGGAUCGUCUUGAGCAGCUUGAGAUGCAGCUGGCAGACAGGAAACGCACUGCAAAACUUACUGCUGCUUGGUCUAAACAGCAGCAGGCUAUUGAGUCAGCCAGUCAGCAGGAAAAGAAGAAGAAGAAGAAGUUGCAGGGGAAGCAGCAGCAGACCGGCAACAAGCGUCCUAAGACAACUACAACUGUUUCCCCUAUGGUAACCUCAUUUGGCGUGGCUGGUUCAAGUUCUGUGGUUUUGCCUUUCCGGCAAUCUCAUCUUCAGCCAGCAGGUUUAUUUCCAGAUCAGCCUGCUGCAUAUUUGAGCUCGCUAACUGGUCCUUAUGGCUUGGCAGGCCCUACUCCUGCUGUUAAUCCAUAUUUAAGCUCAUCAGCUACUGCUCUAUUUGGUUUGGCAGGAGCCCUUUUAGGUUUCUCCACGACUCCAAAUCCUGCUGCAUCCCAUCCAUAUUCUUAUGGCCAGCAGCCUUUUAACGGUGCAUAUGGUUUACCACCACAAUACCAUCCACAGUAGCUCAGCUUUGUUUUUGCCUGUGGUAUGCUUUUGGAUGCUAAGGCAUCAAUGCACUGGUUGUUGGCCACUUCUGCAUUUUUUAUGGCAGAAACUAGGCUUAGUAAUUGAUAAUUUAUUUAAUUGA